UACUGAAGCGCUCCUCACAAAGGCAAGAUAAGGAGUCAAGGCAAAAGCCCAUGGAAAGAUGGCUGGGUGCUGAAGAGUCAGACUGUACUCAGCCAGCAGAAAUCAGGAAGGACUACAGAGACCCAGAGUGCCUAGACCAGCUACACUGUCACCAGGAAGUUUCUUUGAGCCGCUGUCUCUGGCCCAGGCCCUGUGGAAUCAGAGGCUGCAUUUGAACAAGAUUACCAGGUGGGUCCUGGCGAAGGUGGUUCUGUUCCCUAGUCUUCCGCCAUACUGCCUUUUGUAGGGACAGCCGCUCAUAAGCAGAGGGCACUGUGACAAGAGGGUUUCUAGACGCAAGAUCUGCACCGAAGCUGCCUGCCUUCCUUCUUCCUCCCAGACCUGCUCUGGAAGAGAACUGACUUCUGGCAUCUUCUGCUACUCCCGAGCUUCACCUGGAAUUGGCCAAUAGACAAAGACACUCUACGCUUCUCCGCUUCCCCGCCCCACCCCCUCCAGCGUGACUGUAAGCCCCGACUCUGUGGGGAAAUGGCAGGCCACACCUACCUGGAUUCCCCGCCCAAGUGUACUUGUCUACUGGCCUGGAGACUGGUCUGGCAGACCUCUCUGUUUCUUAGAGAGGGAACUAUUGCUUCUGGACGGGCCUAGUGGGUGGCAAGCCGACAUUAAGGCCCUUGACCUUGGCUGGUGUAGGGGUGCGGGAGAGCCAGCAGCAUUGAGUGACCAGGCGGAUGAGCCCCCAGGAGAGCUCUGUUCAACCUUCCCAGUUCCUCCUGUUGGUGGGGAUCCCUGUGGCCAGUGCUCUCCUUCUGGCUCAGUGUCUUCGAUGGCACUGCUGUCAGUGGCUGCCAGGGACCUGCCGGAAGCUGGAUGAUCCAGAGGAGCCAGUGUCCCCAUCCACUCCAUUACCAGAGUAUGAGCUCCCGAGGCAGUGCCCAGCCCCCACACUACCGGAGGUGGCUGCGUUCUACCAGGAACUCCACAUGCCUACCCAGGGCCAGACUGUCACCCGCCAGAUGAUGCAUAAGCUACUGGUGUUUUCUGCUCGAGAGGUGGAUCACCGUGGUGGAUGCCUGAUCCUGCAGGACACAGGCAUCUCCCUGCUCAUCCCGCCAGGUGCUGUGACCGUGGGUCGCCAGGAGAGGGUGUCCUUGGUUCUGGUGUGGGACCUGACAGAUGCCCCGUCACUGUCUCACAGACAGGGACUAGUGAGUCCUGUGGUGGCCUGUGGCCCUCACGGGGCCUCUUUCCUGAAGCCUUGCACCCUCACGUUCAAGCACUGCGCCCAACAGCCCAGUCAAGCCUGUGCCUACAGCAGCAAUACCUCCUUGCUGGAUGCCAAGGACUGGAAACCCCUGGGUCAGCCGGGGACUCAUAUCUCCAGGGACGAGUGUCGUAUCCUGCUCUCUCACUUCAGUCUCUACACCUGCGUUCUGGAGGCCCCCCUGGGCCAGACAGCCCGCAAGUGGCUGCAGCUGGCCAUGUUCUGCUCCCCACUGGUGCCAGGGCAGACACACCUGCAGCUGCGCGUCUACUUCCUGAACAACACUCCCUGCGCCCUGCAGUGGGCUAUCACCAAUGAACAGCCGCACGGGGGACGCAUGCGCGGGCCGUGCCAGCUCUUCGACUUCACUGGGGCCAGAGCAGACCAGUGCCUGAAGCUCAAGUACAUCUCUGAGGGUUGGGAGAAUGUGGAUGAUAGCAGUAGCCAGCUGGUUCCACAUCUCCACAUCUGGCAUGGAAAGUGCCCCUUCCGUUCUUUCUGCUUCCGGAGAAAGGCAGCCAAUGGGAAUGAAGAGUGCUCGGCAUUAACCAAUGAGAUCAUUGUCACCAUGCACACCUUCCAGGAUGGCUUGGAAACCAAAUACGUUGAAAUCCUCAGAUUCCAGGCAUCGGAGGAAGAGACCUGGGCAGUGCCCCCUCCUGUCUCCCAGCCACCCCUGUGCAACAGGCUGCCCCCAGAGCUCUUUGAGCAGCUGCAGAUGUUGUUGGAGCCCAACAGUGUCACUGGGAAUGACUGGCGCAGACUGGCCUCCCACCUGGGUCUCUGUGGCAUGAAAAUCCGGUUCUUGUCCUGCCAGCGCAGUCCCGCCGCGGCCAUUCUGGAAUUGUUCGAGGAACAGAAUGGCAGCUUGCAGGAGCUGCACUAUCUCAUGACCUCCAUGGAGCGGCUGGACUGCGCCUCUGCCAUCCAGAACUACCUAAACCGGUCUCCCCGGGGCAGCCCUGACAGGUUGCAUGGAGGCACCUGGGAGAACCAUGGCCUAGAGCUGGAUGAGAAACUCUAAGCAGACUCCACGGCUGUGCAGGGUGCUUCAAGAGGCCAUGCCAUACCGUGCCAUGCCUUUGAGCUCAGGAUCAAUGCCACAGUCUCAGGUGGACCGAACUGGAACCCGCAGCAAAGCCCGACAGCCCUGUCAUCUGCCCUGCAUCAGGAUAGCUCUUAAUCCUGCCGGCCAACUUUGUCCUGCGUGCAGAUUCCUUCUUGGUCGGUAGGGGGCGCGGGAGUCUGGGAGAUGGUCACAGCCAAGCAGCUUCUGAGAUGCUGCUUAAUUUUCUUGUGGACCUGUGGGCAGACCUCAGAGACUGCUCAGUCCACAAAUAUUCAUGGAGCGCCGAGUCUCAGCACCAAGCUGGGAUCAUGAGGAACGUCGGCUUCUUUGGACUUGUCUUGGAGUCUGUUCUGCGAAAUGAAGAUGCACUCCCAGCCGGCUGAGAGCAACAUUCUAGACAGUGUCUCCCUGUGGUUAGGAGAUGUCUUGGGUGUGUAACUUUGUUGAGAAGGGAGGGCCCUGCGGUGGACUGGAACAAAGAGAAGUCUCUAUAGAGGGUCUUGGGAGAGAACUUUGGCGGGGGAGGGGGCUCACCUCAUUGAUGUGAGGAAUGGCCUCUUCUCCCUUCAUCUCUUCACUUGCAGCUCACACUUUGUCCUCCUCCUCAGCCUUGUUUCUCUCAUCACACAGGAAGCUGUGAAGCCUCAGGAUGCGCGCCCUAUGUCUCUCCACCUCCAGCUGAGAGUGUUAAGUUUCUGGCUGCCUUUUCUUGCACUUGCCCAGCUCAGAGUUGGCCUCUUUACUGUUGCUCAUGUCUUCACAUUGCUUCGUCUCUAUCUAGUUAUGGAAUCCCAUCUUUGUGUUUCUUUUUCUAUUAGGAAAAAAAAAAUCAGUCACUCCCUCAGGCAAGUGUCUGAGCUAAUGCUAUGUAUUUCAAGGCUACUGAAAGAGCUUCGGCUAUUCCAGGAAUGAAUAAGUAGAGACAUUUCUCUCACAGAUCAAGUUCCUCCUUAGGGGCAGGAUUAAAGGACCCCCACCCCGCUCCGAUCCAGUCAGCAGUUCUGGCUACUGCUACUCUUGCUUACCGAUAGUUUUGUUCGUUUGUCCAAAGGUAUACAAUCCCUUUGGAGAUAAUAAAAUUUCACUUGCACAUUUAAUGAAAA